AUGACAUCAGGAGACAGCUGGAAAGGAGCCAAGGCCAGAGAAAUAAACGCAGGUGACAAGCCUUACUACAAGAAGAAGACACCAAGUGUUGGAGGAAGCUGCAAAAGGUUGCCACAAAGCUGAAGGAUACGGAAAUGGAUGCCUUUACGAGAAGUUUGAUAGACAAGAAGGAGAAAGAGUGUAGAAGGAUUGGAUAGCAUAAUUCGAUCCUUUUUCGAGUUUUCUUCGAGAACGAACUGUUCCAGAAUAGCUGGUCUUACUGAUAGGCAGAACAAGGACAUGAUUGAGCUCUUUUUAUUUAUUGCAGAACAGGUUGACGGCGCACACAUAUGA